UUUAAAUAAACCAAGUGUGACAUGCUGUUAAAAAUAAACUGUAAUAUUGUGUAAUGACUACACCCAGGAGUUAGCAUCCAAAACUGCUUCUCUUGAAAUGAAAAGGUUCUGAAAACCUGGGGUUGCCUCUUAUUCCCAGCUAAGUAUGUUCCUCCCCAAUUUAGUGGAUAUUUGUGUGUAUAAAUGUUGUACUUUUGAGUAGCGCAGAUGAAGCAAGGUCCGAAACUGCGAGUUCACCGAGGAUUGUGUUCUCCUACUACUGCCAAAAUUACAAAUACCGUCUGCCUCUCCUUUCCUCCUGAUCCUCUUUCCUUCCUUUAUCCUUGCCCACUGCUUUCACCCUGCAUGCCGGUCCUUUCACUUCUCGUCAAAUGGAUGGUUUAUCUACAACCAUUGUUUAAACUACUAGUGAGAGUAAAUUGGCUGACAGCAGAGGGAGGAGAUACAUUAUCGUGUGCGCUGGGAGGAGGUGAGAGGAGACUAGUCUGGGAAGCCCCGCCCCUCCUCUGAGCUGAUUUCAGUCAUCAUAAUGAUAAUGAACACAGCGCUGCGCGUGUUAGAGUACAGACGCACACACACACAUUCACAUAUUUCUUCAACUUCAACCUUUUUCACGGGACACAGUGUCUCUCUGUCUCUUUACAAAUGCACUCACAUGCGCACACUGUAUUGGAAGGAAGCGGGAAGUUAAGAGAAGAAGCGAUAUACGGGAAGGAAUUUGUGUUCCAUUGUGUUCCCUCUGUUUGACUGGUGCGGGUGAACAGAAGACAUUCACCUCCCCUUCAGCCGCGGAUUCUUGGAUUAGUCCACGUGGGUGCACAGAGUGGGAGUUGCGGAGUGGACCAAUAUGGGGAACCAGGCGGGAAGACAGGAAGAGAAGGAGUCAGGUGCUCAAGCACAUAAGAAGUCUGGAAUACCAGCCCCUAAAGAAAUCCACUCCAUUAUGACAAGAGACAGGAUUCCAUUGAGGGAUCAGCUGAGGAGCUCCUCUACAAAGAAAAUGGUUUCUAGUGCCAGCACUUCCAGCCUCUCCUCCCUGGCAAAACAGACACGUAGUUCAACUAAGACUCGGGGAGAUACAGAGGGCCAGGAACGGGGAAGUUUGGAGUGCCAGGUGAAGGAGCUUCUGGCUGAAGGCAAAGCAAAAGACUCAGAGAUCAGCAGUCUCAAGAUGGAGCUGCAGCGUUGCAGAGGUAAAUCCUCUUCUGCCUCUGCUUUGUCCUCUCCUACUGCCGUCUCACAGCAGAAAACUGACGAUAAAGAGCAUGGUCAAGUGGUGGAAGCCAUUGUUCUAGUUGGUGAACUCAAGGAGAAAAAUGGGAAGUUUCAGAAAGAGCUGGCAGCCCUCAGAGAGGAGAACCAUGGGCUAAAGGAGAAGCUGCUUGGCUUGGAAUCUUCCCAAGGUUCCAGUUCAAACACCACUUUGAAGCUUUUCGUAAAUGGCCUGAACUCCGACACCAGCUGUUCGCCACCACAAAAUACCCCCCCUUCGUCUGGCAGCCCAACUAAAACCUCUGUCUCUCCCAGCUCAAGAGAUUCGAAGGACUCUCUGUCGUGUAACCCCUCUGAGUUUGAAAAAAUCCCGUCAUACUCGGAGUCAGUGAGCAGUGAUGUCAGUGCUGAGGCUCUCACUGCAGGGGUGGUUAAUAUCACAAAGGGUAAAAAUAUGUCCGUGCAGAGCUUAACAGAACAGAUUCACAAGAUGGAGGAAAACCAUCAUAGUACAUCAGAGGAACUGCAGGCAACAUUGCAGGAGCUGGCGGACCAGCAGCAAGUGGUACAGGAGCUGACAGCUGAGAAUGAGCGACUUGCCGAGGAAAAACGACUAUUGCAGACCUCGCUUCAACAGCGGCGGGAACACAUGGAGGUGCUGGCCCAGAAGAAUGAGGCGCUGGCUGUGCGACUUCAGGAGCAAGCAAACACUCAUGCCGAGCGGGAGGAAGAGUUGGGUAGUCAAGGACCUCGGCUGGCUGAGUUAGAGCAAAGGUAUGCUGAGCUGGUGGAGAGCUCGCGCUUUGAACGGGAAAAAUUGGUGGCCAUUCAGCAGCAGCUCACCGGAAGCCUCAGGGCUUUGGAGGAAGAGCACCAGCUGACCCAAGGCCAGGUGCGUGGCCUAAAAGAGGAGGUGGACAGAUUGCAGACCCAGCUGGACAGAGAGCUGAAAGCAGGAGGUCACGCAACUCGAGUGGCAGAGGAGCAGAAGGCAGCGGCAGAAAGCCUCAGACUUGAAAACAGUAGACUGAAGGCGCAGGUGGACAUUGAAAGACAAAAGGUGGGGGAGCUUAAGGCCAUGCAAAGUGCCAGUGACAGCACUGAGCUGCAAAACCUGUUGAAGACAGCCCACGCUGAGAGAGACAGGCUGGAAGUAGAGCUGACAGAGCUGAGACAGGAGCUGCUGAAGUCCAAGGUUGAGACUGACCACUUACAGACUUCCUUGUUCAAGGUGGAGGCCAAAUACCAGCAGGUUCAGGAGUGGGCAGAGAGGAGGGAGCAUGAGCUCAACAGUCAGGUGACCUUCAUGGAGGAUGCUGGUGUCCAGGCUGAUAAGCAGGUAAAGGAGCUAAAGGAGACCAUCUUUGAGCUUGAGGAUCAGGUGGAACAGCAGAGAGCCGUCAACUGUCACACCAACCAAGCUGUCUUGGACCUGGAGAAUCUCGUCAAAAAGCUGGAGGAGCAGAAAGUUGAGGCAGACCGACAUUUGAAGGUCUUAAAUAGACAAAUCAAGGAUGAAAAAGAUGAGUGGCGCAGGUUCCAGGCAGACCUUCAGACGGCAGUGGUGGUGGCAAAUGACAUCAAGGUAGAGGCUCAGCAGGAGCUACGCAACCUCCAAAGGCAGCUGCAGGAGGAGCAGGACCGCAACACAAAGCUCUCUGCUGACCUCGAAGCCCUACAGGGAGUCAGGUCCAAAAGCGAUGAGGUGAGAGUGUCUGAUUCUGACUCCAGCCGUCGUUGGACUGUAAUACCGGCCGCGUCCACUGACGUCACUGGAGACGCCAACUCAGAGCCUGGAGCAACUGUCAAAUCUCUCAUUAGGUCUUUCGAUACAGUUGGACAGAAUGGACCAAGUCACACAGUCCAAAUGCAUCCCUCAACAAGGAGCCCACUUAGUGGGAUUCCUGUGCGCUCUGCCCCGGCUGCUGCUGUCUCCCCAAUCCAGAGACACUCAUACAUCAGACCUUUAUCCAAGACUUUGGAAAAAAAGAUCAAUCAGGGAGAAUUCUCUCACCCGCAUGAUAAAUUGUCGGGCUGCGGGGAUGAUAUAAAACCCAAUGGCUUUAUGAGGAAGAGUCCCUCGCUGGAGUCGGUUAUAAAGUCUCCCAUCUCCUUUAGAAACCACCCUUCAGCUCUCAGCUACUCCCGGGGCAACAGCAAGCUCAGUGUGGAAAGAAAGGACCCCUUGGCUGCUCUGGCGCGGGAGUACGGAGGAUCUAAGCGAAAUGCUCUAUUGAAGUGGUGCCAGAAGAAAACAGAAGGCUAUCCGAAUAUUGACGUGACCAACUUCAGCAGCAGCUGGAGCGACGGCCUGGCUUUCUGUGCCCUACUACACACAUAUCUCCCUGCCCACAUCCCAUACCAGGAACUCAUCAGUCAGGACAAGGUUGGGAAUCUGACCCUGGCUUUUCAGGCUGCCGAGAGCAUCGGCAUCAAACCCUCCCUGGACAUCGAGGAGCUGAUAAAGACUGACAGGCCAGACUGGCAGAGCGUCAUGCAAUACGUCUCUCAGAUCUACAAGUACUUUGAGACAUGACAGGUGAAGGUGAAGGACUGGAGGCACUGCAGCACUUUUUGCUCCCCAUAGCUUAAUGUUCACCUUGGACACAGAUUAAAGACCACUGUUCGGACGCUCAUUGACCUAAAGGCCUGUUUGGUAUGCUGCUUGUUUUGUUUGUCGCUAACUCGAAGCCUUUGUUUAACUGUGUUGAUGCUCAUGGCCGAGGCCACAGGCUGCAGUGAUGGGACAAAAACCCCAAUUUAAAAAAAUGGAUUGACUUAAAAAGUGAUUUUUUUUUUUUUUUUUUUUUUCAAAAACAUUUCGCCGAUAAUAACAACUCAGGAGGAUGUGACAUUGGAUUAAAAGUUCAAAUAUAAAGGUUAAUAUUUCAAUAUUUCUACUUCCUGUUAGCUCGUGAUGCUAACACAUGUAGCUCAUAGCCUACAUCAUGUAAAUACUAAACAAGCUUGUUACUUGUUAAGUAUAGAACUGCCCAAACCUAACUCCUAAAAAAAAAACAUAGUUAUAAAGGAAGUAAGCUUUUAAAGGGCUCCUGCGCUUAAUUUAACAUUUUUCAUCAAACUAUCUAUAUCCAGUUGUACUGGAAGUGUUUCAGAAAUGUGUCUAUAUUUUGCAUGCUUGAUAAAUUAUGGAGAAUAUUCUCUUUCAUGUAAAAGGCAGGAGGCACAGCAUUUUUUUUUUUUUUUUUUUUUGUGGUUAAGUUGAACCUCAGCGGUCCCUGUUUGGAAGAUUAAAGAGUCUUCAACUGUUUACUCGCGAGGCGUGCGGCCUGAAAAGCGGGAAUGUGGAAAGAACUGAAUCGUUUUCUAUUUACAGAUACCCUUUUGUUACAACUUGGAUGACGAGUAAAGGGAUAUCAAGUUUGCAAA